ACUCCUUUCCCUUCCCCACAACAGACACCCUGUGAGGAACUUCUGCACCGAGAUGAUGAAGGUCGCCAUCUUCCUUCUGUUUGUGGUGCUGAUCCCUUCUCAGUACACACAUGCUCAGUCAUGUACAAUUGACAAUGCGAUUAACUUGAUGAUCAAGUCAUCCACUGAAUCACUAGUGUCUUCAGUCCUGUCAAAAGUCAAACUUGAUUGCACCAGCGUAUCAGCACGUGGGGCCGAUGUCUCCUGUCCUUCAGGUUACUUGGCCACUGCCUGUGCCUGCGGAAUGGCUUGUGGAUCCUGGGAUAUCCGAGGUGAUGCUGCCUGUCACUGCCAGUGUGCGAACAUUGACUGGACAUCUGCACGGUGUUGCAAAACACGUGUUGUCGGCUGAUAAUGAUAAUGCCUCAUAAGCAUACGGGCUACUUGUCUGUAGCUACUGUGUUCAAUA